AUGGAUGUGUACAAUCUUACCACAGUGACUCAGUUCAUCCUCAUAGGACUCUCUGACCUCCCUGUGGUGCGCUACCCGCUCUUCGUGGCCUUUAUCAUCAUCUAUCAGAUCACUUUGCUGGGAAACGGGGCCAUCCUCUUGGCCAUAGUGACAGAGAGAAAGCUUCAAACUCCCAUGUAUUACCUGCUGGCAAAUCUGUCCCUGCUAGACAUAUUCUGCCCAUCAGCUACCAAUUCGUUCAUGCAUACAAUGGCAACCUUCAGCCUAUCUUUCUGCAAAUCCAAUCGAGUUAACCAGUACUACUGUGAUAUCCCACCUGUGGUGGCCCUCUCAUGCUCAUCCACCUUCAUAGCAGAACUGCUUAUUUUGUUGAUGGGCAGUGUCUUUGGUGUUGGUGCUUUUCUGAUCACUUUGAUUUCCUACAUAUACAUUGUAUCCACCAUCCUAAAGAUCCAGUCAGUGGAAGGGAAGCGCAAAGCUUUCUCCACCUGUGCUUCCCAUCUUCUUGUAGUCUUCUUGUUCUAUGGCACAACAAUAUUUACCUAUAUUCGCCCCUCCUCCAGUCAACACUCUCCUGCCAGAGACAGACUCAUCUCUAUGUUGUAUGGGGUCAUUACCCCCAUGUUAAACCCUAUUAUCUACAGCCUGAGAAACACAGAAGUCAAAGGAGCACUCAGAAAAGUUUUUCAUCAUAGGAUAUGUUCACAAAAAACAUGA